AUGUUAUAUAAUUUGACCCAUUUACAUUUACAAUGGAAUAAAAUUACUAAAAUUGAAGGCUUGGACAGUUUAACGAAAUUAAAGAAAUUAUAUUUGAGUAAAAAUCGUAUUAGUGUUGUGGAAAAUUUGGAAGGAUUGAGAUAUUUAGAAGAGCUUCAUAUUGAAAAACAAAAUAUUGACAAUUCCGAUGCAUUGUGCUUUGAUCCAAAGACUAUGAUAGCAAUUGGGGCAUCUUUAAGAAUACUUAAUGUCUCAGAGAAUAAGUUAACUGAGAUGAGUUGGGCCAAGCCCCUUCGCCGUUUAGAAGUUCUUAUUGCUAAAAAGAAUAAAUUGGACAAUAUUGAGGAAAUUUCAAAUGAUCUGUGCUUAUUAGUAUGUCUCGUGGACGUUAACUUUACCGGGAACCCGAUGACAAAAAAACAUCGCUAUAAAGAAAUAAUAAUUGCAAGAUGUGCCCAAUUAAGAAUUUUAGAUACGGUGGCUAUUCAUAAUACUUCAAGAACAUUUUUGCAAAACUUCGAUAAAGUUGUUAGACUUCGACAACUGCAUGUAAAAAAUAAAAUUAAUAUGACACGACAAGGAGUUGAAGACUUCUUUGAGUUAAACAUGUUACCUGGGCCACGGGCAUUAAGUGCUAUGGCUAUUUCAGAAUUUUCAAAUCAAAAACCAAAAAUUUCAGCAAUAGAUUCAACUUACACGUUCAUGCCUCGAGCGUUCUGGCGCAAUAGGACGGCACCGUCACCUCGAGAGAGUGUGAAUCCUCCAACUCAACUAUUUCCGUCAAUGAAAAAGAGUGAUGUCAAAAACUAUGUAUCACCUGUGAAAGGAAUACUAAAGAAACCUAUGCCUAUGAAAUAUAUU